UGCUCUGUUUAUUUCAGACAUUCACCUACCGUUCGAAUGAAAAAAUACUAAUUUUGUAACUGAUACGUAAAGUGUUUAAGUGUAGUGUUAUUUACGGAAUUAAGUAACAGAAAGAAAAUGUCACUUGUGUGAAAUUUUUUUCUAUUUACUCGCAUAAAGUUAUGCGGUGAAAGUGAGGUAAUCGAAAUGAAAGAACAUUAAUUACAGUUUUCUCUAAAGAUGCAAGGAAAAGUUCAAGGACCAAUUGAGGAUGUGGAUUUUGAAAAAGCUAUGGAAAUUGCAGGAUAUGGGAAAUUCAGUGCGUUUGUGAUUCUGGUGAGUGGACUGAGUCUAUGUGUCCCAAUGUUGGGUGCUAUGGACGUCUCCUACCUGCUACCUACAGCCCAAUGUGACCUGGACCUUAGCUCUGAGCGCAAGGGUCUCCUAGGAUCUGCCUACUUCAUAGGUAUAAUCGCAGCUUCACACCUCUCAGGUUUCCUAGCCGACACUCGGGGGAGAAGAUACAUCCUCGUGAGGGGAACUUCAUUAAAUGUGAUUGUUUACAUUUUCGGAUCUAUGGCUCCAAAUGUUUGGUUAUUUGUCCUCCUUAAAAUACUAUCUGGUGCACUGUGUGCCUCUGUCCUAACUGCUAUGCUGCCGCUCCUGGGAGAGCUCGUCCCCCGCAGGAGAGGUUCUCAAGCCGUGCUGGUGGCCAUGUCCUUCUCUUCUCUGUAUCUCCUGUAUUCUUCUUUGAUUGGGUGGCUGAUCCUAGGAGAUGAAUGGACGAUCAACCUUUACCUCCUAAACUUUACUCCUUGGAGGCUGUUCUACCUGUUGUGCUGCUUCCCCAGCCUCCUCUCCGCCACCCUCCUUCUUCUCAUUCCAGAGAGUCCCAGGUUUCUGCUAGCCAGUAACAACGAAGAUGCGCUAAAGGUUCUCAGGAAGAUAUACUCAUAUAAUACAGGAAACGAAGCUGAAUCCUACCCAGUGCAAUCAGUGACCAAGAACGCUGAUGAGGCCAGUUCUCCCGAGGGAGCAGCCGGGUUACUACGCCACAUCCUCGACCAGACACUGCCAUUGUUCAAAUCUCCUCACCUCAGGAAUACUAUUCUUUGCAAUAUGCUUUCAUUCAUUUUCUUUCUUUGCCACGACACGAUGCUACUUUGGCUGCCCGAGAUUACCAACCGUAUGGCCUUCUAUGAUGACUCGUCUCAGCAACCAGCCUGUUUCUGUGAAAUGUUGGAGUCUGAAGUAGAAUACAAGCCAAACACCAGUAUCAAUGUCAGCUGUCAAGUCGAUAUGAUUGUUACAGCCACGACACGAUGCUACUUUGGCUGCCCGAGAUUACCAACCGUAUGGCCUUCUAUGAUGACUCGUCUCAGCAACCGGCCUGUUUCUGUGAAAUGGUGGAGUCUGAAGUAGACUACAAGCCAAACACCAGUAUCAAUGUGAGCUGUCAAGAUGAUGUACAAGAUGAUGUGUUUAUCCCCAACAUCAUCCUUGGAGUUGCCCAUCCCACCGCUUUGCUGGCCGGUAGCUUCCUGGUCCGGCUGGUCGAUCGAAG